AUGGCUGACAGGCGUAAGCUGCAAGGAGAAAUAGACAGAUGUCUCAAAAAAGUAGACGAAGGUGUGGAGACCUUCGAGGAUAUUUGGAAGAAGGUUCAGAGUGCAACAAAUAGUAAUCAAAAAGAAAAAUUUGAAACUGAUCUUAAGAAGGAGAUUAAAAAACUUCAGAGGCUUCGAGAUCAGAUCAAAUCAUGGAUUACCAACAGCGACAUCAAAGACAAGUCUUCGCUUUUAGAUCACCGCAAAUUAAUUGAGACGCAAAUGGAGCGCUUUAAAGUGGUAGAGAGAGAGACAAAGACAAAAGCAUACUCUAAAGAUGGUCUAGGUGCUGCUGCAAAGCUAGACCCCCAGACAAAAGAGAAAGCGGAUACCACCCAAUGGUUGUCGAAUGUCAUUGAUAGCCUCCAGUUGCAGCUCGAUCAGUUUGAGAGUGAACUUGAAUCAAGGGCUGGUACAAACAAAAAAAAGGGGAAAGACCCGAAGUGUGAGGAGCUAAAAACACAGCAAGAGAGGCAUAAGUUUCAUAUAGAGACAUUAGAGAAAAUCAUGAGACAAGUUGAUAAUGACAAGUUGUCUGUUGAUAAGAUCAGGGAACUCCGAGACGAUAUUGAGUAUUAUGUGGAAUCGAACCAAGAUCCCAAUUUUCAAGAAAAUGCAUAUUUGUAUGAUGACUUAGAUCUGGAAGAAAUUGUCACGGAUGCGACAGCGCUAGCAUCAUCACCGACUGAAGGUGAUGAAUUCUUGGUGGACAAAAUGAGCACACCUUCCUCAACAAAUUCAAGCUCUCCAUCUCCUAGUCCUAGUGUCAACGCCAAUCAUUCCAAUGAAAAACACGAAGAAGUGGACAGAAAAAGACAUAAAUCUCAGUCAGAAGAGAAGAAAAGCGCGUCUCCGGCGCCUUCAGGGAAUUCUAAACCUCAGUCUUUAAGCCGACAGCUUUCUCAAAACAGUACAAGUGCACAAAACUCAGACAGCAAUUCUGUGAAUAGCAACCAUCAUCCAUCGAUAACACCAUCGCCUUUGACAGCUUAUGCUGCCGCUGCAGGUGGGCAGCAGAACAGCUCAUCGGAUUCAUCAAAACCUCAUGUGAAUUCUGUUGACCAGUCUGCAUCGGGGAGCUUAUCAAGCAAUGGUACGUUGCCGGGUACAACAAAUACAAACUCUGUCUCCUUGACUUCCUCUGGAAAUCCCUGUGUUUCCUCGGCUCCCUCACCGCAGACGGUUACAGGAACUGCUGCCUCCACACUCAGUACCGUGAACUCUUCAGCAACGUCAGGAGUCAGCAAUUCCUCUCAGGUCCACAAUAACCGGACCGACGGUCCACCGGUUAUGAAUGGACCACUGAGUGCAGGUGGUCCAGCAUCACAAAAGAGUGAUGAUUUGUCCUUGCGAACAAUGGCACAGCAAGUAAUUGCAAACGCUGAGUUGGAAAAAACAUUGCCUUCAUCCCAUACAACUGUUGAAUCUUCUAGUGUGUACAAUAAUUCAUCUUCACAAACACCAUCUCAACCCACCGCACCUUCAUCAUCAGAGCAGUGUUCAGUCAGUUUAUCAGAACAGCAGCUGUCCACGCAGCUGCCGCAGCAACAGCCAUUGCCUCAGGUUCCGCAGACCAAUACAAUCCACUUAAACCCUCUACUAGGAAUGGUACCAUUAGGGCCCACGCUGUUGUCAAAGGAGCAACACUAUCAGUUGUCUUUGGUAGAUGCAGCCUACCACCACCUUCCACACCCGUCAGACUCUGAAAGGAUGAGACACUUCUUGCCUCGCAAUCCAUGUCCCACACCAUCGUAUUACCCGUCAGCCUCAUUUCCUCAUGCAGAUACUGUUGAAUUUUAUCAGCGGUGUGGUACAGAAACGCUUUUCUUCAUAUUUUAUUAUAUGGAGGGAACAAAAGCUCAAUACCUGGCAGCAAAAGCAUUGAAGAAACAGUCGUGGCGGUUUCAUACAAAAUACAUGAUGUGGUUUCAGCGACAUGAAGAGCCAAAACAAAUUACGGAAGAGUUUGAGCAGGGCACAUACAUCUACUUUGACUAUGAGAAGUGGGGCCAGAAGAAGAAAGAGGGUUUCACAUUUGAGUAUAGGUAUUUGGAAGAUAGAGACUUGAACUAG